AUGGCGAUGGCGAGGGCAAGCUCUGGCCUCGCGUAUCCGGAGCGAUUCUAUGCAGCCGCGGCGUACGCUGGAUUCGAUGGAUCUCCCAAUUCAACCGCUGUUGUCACCUCCAAGUUCCAGAGCGACACUGCUUUACUCCUCUACGCCUUGAACCAGCAGGCGACAGUUGGACCAUGCAACACUCCAAAACCUAGUGCGUGGAAUGCUGUGGAGCUAAGCAAGUGGAAGAGUUGGCAGGGCCUUGGGAACAUGGUUACUACCGAAGCAAUGCGUCUCUUUGUGAAGAUAUUGGAGGAAGAAGAUCCCGGUUGGUAUUCUAGAGCAUCUAACUUUGUUUCUGAGCCUGUUAUAGAUAUGCCAGUGAGUCACAACUCCAAAGCUGAGCAUGCUGUCGAGAAUGGCAAUGCUUUGCCAGAAACUAAGACUGUAGCUAGUGAGAAUGGGAAUGUAAUGGAAACUCAGGACAAAGAUGUCGUUUCCGAAGGGCUUGGUUCAAUCCUUGUGUAUGACCAAUGGAUUGCACCUCCAAUAAAUGGUCAACGCCCUAAAGCCCGAUACGAGCAUGGGGCAGCAGUUAUCCAAGAUAAGAUGUAUAUAUUUGGUGGAAAUCAUAAUGGGCGUUACCUAAGCGAUCUUCAUGUUUUGGAUCUGAGAAGCUGGACUUGGUCAAAGGUCGAAUCAAAAGUUGGAGCUGAACCUCCAGAGUCUGCUUCUCCGUCUAUAUUAGCACCUUGUGCUGGUCAUUCUGUGAUACCAUGGGAAAAUAAGCUUAUAUCAAUUGCUGGCCACACGAAGGAUCCUUCUGAGACCAUUCAGGUGAAAGGAUUUGAUUUAAAAACUGGUACCUGGUCAAUGUUAAAGACUUAUGGGAAGCCUCCGGUCUCACGUGGGGGACAAUCCGUCACCCUAGUUGGAACAAGCUUAGUGAUCUUUGGUGGAGAAGACGCAAAAAGAUCUUUGUUAAAUGAUCUUCAUAUUCUUGACCUUGAAACUAUGACCUGGGAUGAGAUCGAUGCUGCUGGGGUGCCUCCUUCUCCUAGAUCUGAUCAUGCUGCUGCAGUACAUGCGGAGCGUUACUUACUUAUCUUUGGAGGGGGCUCGCAUGCAACCUGCUUCAAUGAUCUUCACGUGCUUGAUCUACAAUCAAUGGAGUGGACAAGACCUACGCAACAAGGAGAUAUACCAACUCCACGGGCCGGACAUGCAAGUGUGACAGUUGGAGAGAAUUGGUUUAUCGUUGGUGGGGGAGACAACAAAAGUGGGGCAUCUGAAACUGUUGUGCUAAACAUGUCUACUCUUGUAUGGUCUGUUGUUACAUCUGUUCAAGGUCGCGUUCCUGUUGCCAGUGAGGGUUUGAGUUUGGUUGUGAGCUCGUGCAACGGUGAGGAUAUUCUAUUGUCCUUUGGAGGAUAUAAUGGUCGUUACAACAGUGAGGUCAAUGUCCUUAAACCAAGUCACAAAUCAACCUUGCAAUCAAAGAUCAUGGAGACUCCUGCGCCUGACAGUGUUUCCGCUGUGCACAAUGCAACAAAUGCAACAAGGGAUUUGGAAUCAGAUUUUGAAGUCGGUCAAGAUAGCAAAAUCAGAGAAAUCGUUGUGGAUAAUGGUGAUCCAGAACCCUUGAAAUCUAGAGCCAAUGGGAAUAAUGAAAAUCUCUUAGUGACCCUGAAGGCGGAGAAAGAAGAAUUGGAAUCUUCUCUUACCAAGGAGAAGAUGCAGACUGUUCAACUAAAACAAGAACUAUCUGAAGCUGAAAAUCGUAACACUGAGCUUUACAAGGAACUCCAAUCUGUCCGUGGUCAACUUGCUUCCGAGCAGUCAAGGUGUUUUAAAUUGGAGGUAGAUGUUGCUGAACUACGACAAAAGCUGCAGACGAUGGAGGCGCUGCAGAAGGAGCUCGAGCUCCUGCAGCGCCAGAAGGCCGCCUCUGAACAAGCUAUGAGUGCUAAGCAGCGACAGGGAUCUGGAGGGGUGUGGGGUUGGCUUGCUGGCUCCCCCGGCCACCGAGAUGAAGACGAUUGA